AUGGCGACCUCCGUAGAAGAGGUCAAGCAGUACCUAGGACAGCUGGAUCUGUCUCCAUGCCCUAUAGAGACUCCGGUGUUGGCUGCUCAACGGGCAGCAGUCGUCCCUCGUUCACUCAUUGACGUGAAUUUGGCAGACCGCGAAGUCUACGAAUUAUCUACACAGGCCUACUUUGCAAGAGAGGCUGGCCAUAUAUCUAGACUGAACGACUUGCUCAAGGAUGGACGCAACCUAUUGUCCAGACUCUACUCCUACCGCAGUUUGGCAAGAGCCAUCCCACAAGUACAAUCCGAUCAAAUCAACAAGACAGAAAUGUAUAUUCGAACAGUCCGAAUUCUCCAGCCUGAAAUCGCCAAAAUGAGAGCAUUUCUGAGCUUCCGUGACAGCGCCGUACAAGUUGUCAGUGAUGUGUUUCUGUCGACCGUCCAGGACAUUCAAGAACGAGAGUUCUUCCCAUCCGUCGCAUUCCUAAACACGCUGGCGGCCGUGUUUGAUCUGUUUGUCGUAAUGGAUGCCAUGAAAUCAAUUAAGGGAUCCAUGAACAAUGAUCUUUCCACCUACAAACGUGCUCUAUCGGACCUGCAACGAAACGGAUUGGCUGAAGAUGAAACGGCUAUAAAUCAUGUCUUGUAUCUCUUCCUUGGACAGCAAGAUCAGUUCAUCAACGAAUUGAAGACUGCCUUGGUUACAAUCUCUGGAUUUGACGAGAUUGUUCAAGAUAUGAUGUACCACUGUCAGUCUGCCCUCGAGUCAGGUCAAUACGUACUAUGCGAGACCAAGCACAUGUAUUUGAAAGCGAUCGCGAUGGGGUUAUUUUUGUUGGAUGACAAGGGUGAAGAGAAGGACAUAUACAAGAGGAAGAAGCUUAAAAACACACCAGUCAUUCCUCUCUUUGGAGACAUGCCGGUCUCUUUAUCUCAAAUUUACGGCAAGGCACCACAUAUUGGAUUUGGAAAGUGGGAAGACCCAGAUCUAGACGCGAAAGUCGCCCUAUCAAAAGCGUACACUAUUACUGCUUCCAUUGCCAGUGUUCGUGAAGAUUAUCAAAAGUUUGUUCAAAACUUUAAGAGAUCUCUCAACUUGAGCUCGAUUGCUAUACAAAGAUAUGGAAUUCUACCACCGGAAGAAAAUGCUGCGUUGUACGAGUUAGCUCUUCAAGGUCUACGGUUAUUGUCUACGUGGACAGCACGAGUUCUGGAACAGAGUGCCUGGAAAUACGCGAAUCCUGUACAUCCGAAUCCUGAAAGUGGUAUUCCAUUGAAUGCAUUGUCUUAUGAGCUGGCUGUGAGAUACAACUACUCUAAGGAAGACCAGCGAGCACUAGUAGAGAUGAUUUCCAUGAUCAAGUCUUUGGCCAACCUUUUAUCAAAGAUUGACCGUGAUCAGAUGCAAGGAAUAUCAAACCACAUUUAUGCUGAGAUACAGUCAUUCAUGCGAGGCUCAGUGGGUGAACUCCUUGCUCAUAGUAUCAAGAAGAAACGAACCAUUGGAAGUGUGCUUAAACACAUACGGGACAUUGGCCUAGAUGGACCAUACGAUGACAAUGCUGUCGCUGGCAAAGGCCCACGACCACCACCGUCAGAUUUGAAAAAGAGGAAAAAUGCCACGAGCUUGACACAAUUGCAUUUUAUUCGAUGCUUGCUCGAUUUUUGUUUCAAUGAAAAGGCUAAGGGUAUGAAGGGCGGUCUCAUGCGAGAAAAGGACUUCAAGGACGCCCAAGUCACCGAGAUGCAAUCGUUUAUGGACAAGAGUUACUUUUUCCCAUACAUUUUGGACUUUACGAGUAUGGUCCAACGUGCCAGUGAUCUAAGUGACUUGUGGUUUAAGGAGUUCUAUUUGGAGUUGUGCAAGCAAGUCCAGUUCCCGAUUAGUAUGUCUUUACCGUGGAUUUUGACUGAGACUGCCUUGGAAUCAAACAAUCUUGAAGUCAUGGAGAACAUAUUUUUCCCCUUCGACAUCUACAAUGAUGCAGCCAAUCGAACAUUGAAUUCGUUGCGGUCCAAGUUUGUCUACGACGAGAUAGUUGCCGAAAUGAAUCUUUGCUUUGAUCAGUUUAUCUUCAAGAUGUGCCAAAAGAUCUUUGUUCAUUACAAGAAAGCUGGAGCAGUUAUGGUUUUGCCUCCAGAAAUCCGACUCGAGUUGGAAGCGCAAUUACAAAGCAGCAAGGAUACUCCUUUCAGCAGUUUCAUAUCCAUCUUAAGACAACGGGAAUUGCCGAUAUUGGGCCGUGCUCUCAAUAUGACUGAAUUGAUUGGCCAAUACAUGAAUCAAUACCUGAGAAGGAGCAUUGAUGUAGCAAUCAGUCGAUACGAGUCGUCUGAUCUUACUUACGUUGUGGAAUUGGAGACUUUGCUAGACUGUGCACGUGCCACACACACUCUUCUACUUGAAGCUGGUCUUCCUCUUGAUUCAUUCGACAGCAUGUUGCUAGAAAUUGAUGAAACUGUGUCUCUGACUUGUGUCAAUGGACGAAUUCUCACACAUACAAUUCAAGAACUGAUUGAUGACUUGAUCCCCAAUUUUGCGUAUAACUCUGUCACAACCAGAUACGUACGAGGUCCAGUUUCGUAUGUCCAAGAACUUGCUAGACCUCCCAUGACCAAAUCACCACCCAUGUAUUUAUACGGACAAAAGAGCAUCAUGACCGCCUUCAAUGCUACCCAUGGAUUAUACAAGGAUUUUGUUGGACAUCCUCACUUUUCGGCAGUUGCGAGACUUGUUGGUCACAAGGGUCUUCCUCUGAUUGUUGGAGAGUUGUUUAGACAUACUGACAUGUUGGUACAAAACACUAUGACUGCCUACAUCAAUGCCAUCUUCAAAGGCAUUCCACAAGCCUUGAAACUGCCUUUAUUCGAAUACGGAACGGCUGGAACCUUUGAAUACUUUUCGGCUCACUUGAAACCACUGUUGUCAUACAAGGAUCUACGCCCUGAAGUCUUACAGGCCUUCAGAGAAGUUGGAAAUGCCAUUCUUACCGUUCGUAUCUUGGAGGAAGUUAUAACUAGUGAGGAUACAUGGACUCGUAUUCAGACCGUUGCCAUCUUGAACGAUACUACCGAGAUGCCUGGUAGUAUAAACUCCAUCAAAGGAUUGGAUGAAGUGCUGCAUACCAAUGAACAUGUUAUGCCCUUUGGAGUGUGGGCCGAUAAAGUGGAUCAACUGUACAAGUUUGCACCACCAUCGUCACUAUUACAGCCAUUCCUUGUUCGGCUCAAGGCUAGACUUCAGCGACUCGAUGCUGAAUGGAAGGGUGAUAGUGCAAUCCCUAUUCUUGAAUCGCCCCGGGCUUUCUUCCGUAUCUGGUCGGCUCUUCAGUUUGUGUUUUGUAAUGUUCCUGCUGCGAAUGAAGCCGGUACACGAGCUAUUUUUGGUGAGGGCUUGUCAUGGGCUGGAAUGACCUUUAUUCAUUUAUUGGGACAAGUUGGGUACUUCAACGCAUUGGAUUUCAACUUCCAUACUCUAUGCGUCCAACGUCAAGACAAACGCUUGCAACAGCAAUUGGCAGUUCCUGGAGGUGCAGGAGGAUUACUGAGACCAGAAGUUUCGAGUUUCUUGGAGUCAGCUAACUUCUACAGCAACCUAAAUGAUGAGAUACAAGACUACUUGUCAUGUCUCUUGGCAGAUUCAUAA